AUGUUCAGAUUAGCCAGAAGAAAACUUGCCACUUCAGCUGAUACCAUAGCGAAACAGCAGCAGUUCAACGUCUUUGACCGUUCAGCAAAGUUGCUCCAGAGAUCCAGAACACCUUUGCUCAACCCUGAAUUGCUGAGAAAGAAGGAAUAUUUACGUGACGAGGUUGCUCUAAAAACCAUUGAACGUUUGGCAUUCAUCACAAGAGACUUUACAAAUGUUCUAGAUUUUGGUUCUCAUCUGGGGAACUUGUUGAAGAAUCUCUGUGUUGAGACAGAGAUUCCACCAGACGCAGACUAUGCCGAAACUGAGAUCACCAAACAGUUGAAUAAUGACAAGAAAAUCAUCUGUAGUAAGAUCAAAGAGUUGACCAUGGUAGACUCGUCAAGGGAAUUGCUCUAUAGAGAUGCUGAGGAAAGUUUCAAUAGCGUAUUUCCGGGUAAGGUUAUACGAAGUGUAGCGGACGAAGAAAUUUUUUCACACGAAAGUCUUUCGAAGCCAGAACAUUAUGAUGCUGUGAUUUCUAACUUGUCGCUCCAUUGGAUCAAUGAUCUUCCCUCGACGUUAGCUAACAUCAACAGAAUCUUAAAACCUGACGGCUUAUUCAUGGGAACGUUAUUUGGAGGGGACACUUUGUACGAAUUGCGUACUUCGCUACAACUUGCUGAGAUGGAGAGAAUGGGUGGAAUGUCGCCCAGAGUAUCCCCUUUAGUUAAUUUAAACGAUAUCGGCUCCUUGUUGAACCGUGCUGGCUUCAGUAUGUUAACCAUUGAUGCAGAGGAUAUCAUUGUAGGAGGAUUCCCAGAUAUUGUUUCUGUGAUGGACGAUUUGCAGGCCAUGGGAGAACAGAAUUCGGUCUUAUCCAGAUCGGGAUAUUUGCCUCGUGAUGUCUUACUAGCAGCCAACGAGAUAUACAAAACUAUGCAUGGAGAAAAAGACGAUAACGGUGUCGUUACGUUACCUGCUACGUUCAAUAUUAUCUUUAUGAUAGGUUGGAAGAAGAGUGAGAAUCAGCCCAAGCCAUUGGCCAGAGGCUCUGGGCAGGUCAACUUGAAGGACGUAUUGUAG